ACGUUGGACCAAAUCAUGUGUGAAACACUGUGGGGAUACCCGCCAGGACCUUGUGCGGCUCUAACUCCUCCCCACGCCCCAGACAGCGAAUCACCUGCUUUUUGGAGUAGACUUUCAGUAAAAGAUGACUUUUCUCGCUUCUCGGCUGUGCACAAGUGGAAAUUUCCCCUAGUUAUGCUCAGAGAGAGAGAGAGCUCCGAGCGACACCUCCCGCGCUCCCGUGCCACAUGGACGCUCCCAUACGAGGUCCCACCCCCGUGGUUCCACGUGGUCGGCGGCGGGGCCUGAGUUGCUUGGUCUACCUGGGGCAAGGGUCCCGGGAUGGCGGGGACCCCGUCAGGCGGUGCUGCUCGGUUUUCUUGUCCCCCCAACUUUACUGCGACGCCCCCAGCCUCAGAACACAGUCGCUUCUCUUUGGAGGCAUUGACCGGCCCAGAUACAGAGCUGUGGCUCAUCCAGGCCCCUGUAGACUUCGCUCCAGACUGCCUCAAUGGGCGACUCGUGCCUCUUUCUGGCUCCCAGAUUGUGAAGGGCAAGUUGGCAGGCAAGCGGCACCGCUACCGGGUUCUCAGCAGCAGUGGCCCCGGAGCUGGAGGAGAAGCAACCCUGCUGGCCCCCUCAGCGGAGGCAGGAGGGGGACUCACCUGUGCCCCGGCACCCCAGGGCAGCCUGAGGAUCUUUGAGGGUCCCCAGGAAUCCCUGACAGGGACUCUACUGCAGUCCAUUCCCACAAGUCCCCCACCACAGAUCCCCCCUGGCCUGAGGCCUCGGUUCUGUGCCUUCGGAGGCAGCCCGCCAGUCACAGGGCCUGGGUCGGUCUUGGCCUUAGGGAAGAGGAAAAAGAGAAGACACUUGCCAGAAGCCUCAGUUCCUCAGGAGGCAGUGAAUGAGCAUGGUGCCCUGGAGGUGGACACAGCUUUGGGGUCCCCAGAGCUGCAUGUGGGGAAAAAGAAAAAAAAGCAGCAGCUGAAAGAACUAGAGGUGACAGAGCCAUUGGCAACAGAGCCCAUUGCUGAGAUGUUGGAGCCUCCAGGAGCACUGUCCCCAUCCACCACCAAGAAAAAGAAAAAGAAGCCCAAAGAGUUUGUAGAAAUGGUCGAGCCAGAAACAGGGAUGCCAGAAUCCAAAGAAAAGAUGGUGGAGGAGCUAGAACUCAUGGUUAAGAGGGAGCCUCUGGAAGAGACAGUCCUGUCCCCCAGAAAAAAGAGAAAGCAGCAGCAGGAGCCAGGAGAGAUGGAGCCGGUGGAGGGUACGACAGCUGAGUCUCAGCUGCAGGUGAAGACGGAGCCACAGGAGGAAGCCAUCCCACUGCCGUCCUCAAAGAAGAAAAAGGAAAAGAAGUACAAAGGGAUGAGGGAGCCAGGGCUGGAGGCGACAGAGCCAGAGGUGAAGCCUCUGGAGCUCGCAGGGGAGGUGAUGGAGCCCGAACUGCCACCUGAUGUGGAGCCACAGGCUGAGGCAGCUCUGGGAUCCCCCAAAAAGAGAAGGAAGAAAGAGAAACAGCAAAAUGUGAUGAUGGAGACAGGGACAGAAGUGGUGGAGCCACAGGCAGAGGGGAUGGAGCCCGAGCUGCCAGGUGCUACUGAGCCUCAGGCAGCUCUAGCAUCCAUCAAGAAGAAGAAGAAGAAAGAAAGAGGGCAUCUAGCGACAGAGCCCGGGACUGAGAUGACUGACCCCCAAGGCGAGAUGAUGGAGCCUGAGCUGCCAGAUGAGGGGCAGCCUGAGGCCAGGGCAGAUCCAGCACCCACUAAGAAGAGGAAAAAGCAGGGCCAGAAAAGCCAGGUGCCCGAGACAGCAUCCCAGGAGGAGAUGCCAGAGCCCCCGCUGAAUCCCGAGUCUGGGCAGGUGGCUCCCAUGGGACAGGAGAGGAAGCGGAAGAAGAAGCCGCAGCAGGAUCCCGUGUAAGUGUCCACUGGGGAAACCGAUGACUGCAACUCAGACAAGCUGAAGGUGGCCACCUGGGCCAUCAGAAAGCGAGAGCAGAGAACCCCCCUCCCACUGACCACACCAGCACGCCAGCCAGAGUCUGGGCCAGAAAAAAAAGUGCUUUAUUAUUACACCGAGGACCUCCUUGGCAUCUGGGGUCAGUGGGGCACUUUCAAGAAGGGCUCGUGGAAGACAUCAAACAGCCUUCGGGCCUGGAGAGGGGGGAGGAAGAAAAGGAACCGGUCAUUAAAUGAGCCAUUUGUUUGAUA